UAAGAGAGCGAAGUGAUCAAGGCACAUCUGAAUCCACUGCAUGCAUAUUAACAUCCGUCUACUGUGAUUCCUUCAUCUGGUCGGGUUGAGGUCUGGACAUGGGCCCCGAGCGGUCUGGUCUCACGGGGUCCGGUAUGGGCUGGGGUCUCAUUACUCUGUCUUGGUGUGGAUCUGGGACUUGGCUUAUAGUUUACAACAAGACCACAGUCUGUUUCCAGUGUAUAAAGCUGAUAAUAACCUCAAACAUUUCUGGCAUGAUUGUUUCGAGGUCAGAUGUCAUCUACGAUGAGGCCGUAACAACAGCUUUACCGGAGUUUGAUCCUGAUUGUUACCAGAAUGGCCACUGCUAAGAAAGCGUCGUCUAAGACGGGAGGCGUUCGCUUUGCUGAGGAACCCGCUGCAGCCGCUCACUCUCAUGUGCAUUUUGACGAAAAACUGCACGACUCUAUUGUCAUGGUGAUCCCCGAGUCGAACGGGAACUUCCUGGUGAAGGUGGGCUUCCUGAAAACACAGCACCGAUAUGAGAUAGUGUUCACACUGCCUGAAAUGCCAGAGCUCGGGAAAGAUGUGUGUCCGGCCCCCAUCCCCAAUCCUCACCUCCAUAUCACUAACAUAACACCGUCCUCAGAUGGAGGUCUGAGGGUGACUUGUGAAUAUAUGGCCCAUCAGGAGGGAGUGAUGUGUGAGGAGGUGCAGAUUCUUAGCGAGAGCAAAGAGGACGCGAGUGUGAAGGUCAAAGUUCAUGCUCGUGUAAUGGACCGUCAUCACGGGACUCCGAUGCUGCUGGAAGGCGUGCGCUGCAUAGGAGCAGAACUCGAGUAUGACUCUGAGCAAAGCGACUGGCAAGGCUUCGACUGAGCGCCUGAAGCUCACAGACUUCCCAAUCAGUGCCAUAUAUCUCGUGUCGGCGGCGACAGAAUAUUCCAGAUUCUGGACUUCUGUAAUCAGUGUUACAGCUUUCUGCUCGCAGCGUUUGGAAACAAACUGUGGUUGCUAGCUUGUUUGUACUGUUACAAUUGAAUGUAGGAAUGAUCUAUCGUUUACUGUAGCUCUCUGUGAAUUGCUGUUUUUCAGGUUUGGAUAAAAAACAAUUUUUUUAGAUAAAAACAAGUGUAAUAUGCUCUCAUGUCUGUGCUUUUGCACUUUCUUGCAGCAAGCUGAUGUGAGGAUUAUGUUUUUCAGCUUGUUUGUACCAGUAGGAGGCGCUGCUGGCCACAAAAUCAAUCUGACACGUUUCACCUUGAACUUCGGUGGCAUCUUGGCUU